AUGGAUUUGUAGAUCAAGUUGAUUUUAAAAUUUAUAAUAAAAAAAUUUAACAGUAAUAUUAAUUAAAUGAUUGCAUAUCGGAAUGGAAUUUAUUAGGGAACCUUGCAAAAUGGGAUUAAGGAAGGAAUAGGAAUAUUUUGGUGGCCUACAGGAUCUAUUUAUAUUGGUGAAUGGUACAAGGAUAUGAUUCAUGGAGAAGGGAUUAUAAUGAUCAAUGACAAUAUCAUAAGAGCAUAAUUCAAGAAUAAUAAAUUUCAUGGUUUAUGUGUUAAUUAUACGUAUCUUAUUCCUCCCUAUUAUUCUAGUUAGAGUGAAUUUUAUAGAUUUGAAUAUGGAUAAUUAAAUGGAAAAUGUUUGAAGGGAUAAACAGUUUCUCAAUAUCGGAGAGGGGACUUGAUUCAAAUCGAUACUAAUCUAGAAUCUGUGGAUGUUUUGUUGGGUAUUUUAUGAGUAUUGAAAAGUAGAUGAAUUCUAAAAUAGAUUAUUGGAUUUGGAGGAAAUCUUGGAUAGGAAUUAAUGUACUUAAAUAGGAAUCACAGAGACAUACCUUGGCAGAAUGAAAAGAGGAAAACAGUUGGGAUUGGGCAUUGAGAAUAUGUUUACAACUGAAAAAAGGAUAGGAAUUUUUCAUGAUUAAAGUUUAACAAAUAUCGGUUAGAUUUGGAUGAAUGGGGAUAUUUAUACAGGGGGUUUCAAAGAGAAUAAAUAUGAUGGUUUAGGUUGUUUUUUCAUUAGUGUAAAUUUGAUAUUUAUGUAUUAGGGUGAAAUGAAGAUGAUUUAAGGUAUAUUUCAAAAUGGAAAGUGUGUGGAAAUAAAAAAGAAAUAAAACGGAGAUAUUGAAGCAUAUAAAAUAUUGGCCGAAUAAACAUUCUAAGCACUACAAUCAACUACAAUACAGCAAAGAGUGCCUAUACCUUAUUUGCAAUAAUGUUAAUUUGAAGUCUAAAACACUUGGACAUAGAAUAGUAUUUCAUAGAUACCCUAAUCAAUCCAAGAGAAGGAUGAAAAGGACCAAACCUUUUUGGAGGUAGAAUUUGAUAUCCAGAAAGAAAUUGAGAAAAUCUAAAAGUAAGCUAUCAUUAUUAAUAUAUAAGUGAUUAAUAAACAAUUGAAGCCAAAAAGUUAUUGUAUGAUGCUGUCAAUAAAUACUAGGAAAAUGAUUACUAGUUACACCCAUAAGAAUUCGAUUAGCUGUAAACAUUUAGGAACAAUCCUUCAGUAUUGGAGAUAGAAAAUAUUCAAGGGGAACAUCAGAAGAGUAAAUUUGUUUCUUCGCAUUCUCAACAAACCGAAUAUUUUCAUGUUAAUGAUUCGAAGCAGACAUCUGGACAUAGUUGCAAGAGAUUACCAUUGCAGACACUCAAGAAUUAAAAUAAUGAAAAUUCAGAGACUAAAUAAUCAAUUAGAGUAACUACAAUAAGUGCUAGAUCAGAACCAUAUUCCUAAGUACUAAGUUCUAGGAAAACCCCAUAUUUAUAAUGAUUUUAC